GGUCCUCAGUACCCCUUGCUUGUCAUAAGAGGCAACCAAAUGGGGUGGUCCUUUGGAUGAGACUGCAGAAACUGAGACCCUGUGUCAGAGCAUGUGUGGCACAAAGAUCCCUCCCUGCUCAAAGGCCAAUGAGGGUACUUGGAUUAGUUUUGAAAUCACCCAAAUACUCCAAAUUGCACCAUACCUUCAUCAAAAGAAAUUUUCAAACAUUAGUUUCAUCUUCAUGGUUGAGAAACCAGUUGGCAGCAUCCAGUAAACUGAGUUCGGAACUUCGACUGUUGGAUGCCUCAUGGCAGUCAAAUGGACAAGGAUAUCAACAACUUUACAAGCAAGCACACAUUCCCCAUGCUGUGUAUUUUGACUUGUAUAAAUGCUGCACUGGCACCAAAGAAAUCCCCUUGAACCUUCCAGAACCUGAGUGCUGGACACAGUACAUACAAUCACUGGGUGUGUCCUCGGACACUCAUGUGGUGGUGUAUGAUGGACAAAACAUGAGACUGGCCCUUCGGACCUGGUGGCUGUUCAGGCUUUAUGGUCAUGAGAAUAUUUCGGUAUUAGAUGGAGGUCUUAUUAAAUGGGCAGACGAUGGCUAUGAAAUUACAGUACAUGAACCACAAGUUGAGCCUGGCAAUUUCCAGUGUGAGUUAAAUAAAUCCUUAGUGAGGGAUUAUGAGGACAUGCAGAAAAAUGCUAAAACUCAGAAAGAACAGGUGGUGGAUGUCAGGGAGGCCAGCAGUUUUGUGGGGGGUGUAGAGGAGACACCACCAGAGUCCAGAAAUGGCCAUAUCCCUGGAUCACUCAACAUACCGUACAAUCUGUUCUUUAAUGAGGAUAUGACUUUCAAGUCAAAAGAAGAAUUAGAAGACCUGUUUGAAGACGCAGGAGUUGAUCUGGAGAAGCCCAUUGUAUCCAGCUGCUUACUCGGAAUAACCGGAUGUGCCAUAAAUGUAGCUUCCCACAUGUUUGGAAAAAAAGACACAGCUCUGUAUUAUGGUUCUUGGAAUGAAUGGCGACUUCGAGCAGAUGCCAGCGAGUGUGAGACAGGGCCGCCACGCCAGAGAGGAUGACAAAAAUAUCACUAAUUACGAUUAAGAAUUAAGUAACAUUGAUUAUAUGAUUAAACAACUGAUUGCAAUAUUUUCACCUGUUUACCUAGUGAAGGUUAGGCUAUGGUAGACUUGAUUUAAAGAGAAAUAAGAUGGUGCUUUUAGAAACUCUCACAAAAUAAUGCUUUACAAAGCAAGGAAAUUAUUAUGGGACUCUUAAUGAAAACGACAAAGGAAGAGAAAUUCCAGAUACACAGAUGCUUUGUAUAGAUCAAUACAAAGUCAUUUCAUAAUUCUAUUAUGUGGCAAAUGCAAAUAUAUUGGAGAUAUCUUUAUAGUUUGUUUUAUCCAGCAAGUUAAAAAGCUUGUCUAUAUUUGCAAAGAUUGUAGAGCAAAUAUACACAUUAUAGCAGUGAGUUGGAAGAAGCAAAUGCAAAAAACCACACUACCAUAGAUAUACUAUUUAUCUCAUACUAUGUGUGUUUACUUUUAAAUUUAAAAUUUCUAAUUUUUUGCCUUUGAUAUCUUUACAAAUUGUAAGAUAUUUCCUCAUGAAUUUCAUGCAGCUGUGAACAAUGCAAUGCUUCAUGCCUGAAUACUUCAUGAAGCAAAAUAGCACUACAUAAAAGGUAUGCUGGCAUGAAGCUUAGAGUUCAUACCCUCAUGUAUUUUAAAAAUGAAAUCUAUUUCUUCUGCCAAUUUAACAUAAAGAAUUGUUGCAUCUUGUUUUAAUUGUAUGAAGCAACCUGAACUACCGUUACCUAUAACCAACGGGUAUUGGAUAAAGUUAUAUUUAUCCAGAAGGCAAUGCAUGUAUAAAAUAUGCCUCACAUAUGAUUGAGAUAAAUAUCAUGAUUUAUAUUAAUGAACCUGUAAUGAAUAAAUCUUUUUGACAGUUUCAGUUGUUUGAGCAAUAUAUAUUGUAUAACUUCUUGCAAGUUUCAUUUUUAAUGAUUGAUUUGUUGUGAAUUGUUUUAUUGUAUAUUAAAUAAAAAUGUUUUAAUUAGAA